CUCUCUAAUCUCUGUGUUGUGGUGCUGACGCUUUCUCCUCCCUCUCCUCUCCGGGCUGUAUAUAAGUGUGGAUGGCUGUCUUGUGUUUUCAGACUCACAGAGGGGAAUGACCAAAGGCCUGUCGGACGUACGGCGCAGAGGGCCACCAUGACCCCUGCGGUGACCCCGAAGAACAGACCCCCACCUUCCCCUGGACUGCUGAUUAUCAGGUUGUGUGCAGCAUCUACAGGUGAGCUGCUAAACUCAAGUACCAGGAUGAUUGACAGCUGCUCCUCCUGAACCCCAGGAUGCCUGUGGUGCCAGUGGGCGGGACAUCCUCUUCCCACCACGUCGUACCUGUCGCCCUCACCUGCUCCUGGCUGCUCCUGCUCUUCCACGCCGCCUUCGGUCAGAAACCCGCCAAGCUGCCUCUGAUUGGCCGGAAGCCCUUCAUCGCCGCCUGGAACGCCCCGCUGGACAUGUGCACCAUUAAGUACAACAUCACCACCAACGCCGACCGCCUCUUCCACAUACACGGGAGCCCGCGUGCUGAUUGGACGGGCCAGAACGUCACCAUCUUCUACGCCAACCGGCUGGGUUACUACCCCCACUACACACCGCAGGGCGCUGCUGUGCACGGCGGCCUGCCGCAGAACUGCAGCCUGGACCACCACCUGUUUAAAGCCUAUCAGGACAUCAACCACUUCAUCCCCUCAGAGGACUUCCGCGGCCUGGCCGUCAUUGACUGGGAGUUCUGGCGGCCUCAGUGGAGCCGUAACUGGCACAAGAAGGACAUCUACCGGCGCAAGUCGAGGGAGCUGACCGCCAAGGCGUACGUCAACGUGACGGCGGCACAGGUGGAGGAGCUGGCACGGCGGCGGUUUGAGAAGAGCGCCAAGGCGUUCAUGCAAAGAACUAUCCAGUUGGGGACGCGCCUUCGCCCCAACGGCCUCUGGGGUUUCUACCUCUACCCCGACUGCCACAACUACAACCUGCAUGAGCAGAACUACACGGGCUUCUGCCCCCUGCUGGAGAGGCUGAGGAAUGAUGAGCUGCUGUGGCUGUGGAACAGCAGCACGGCGCUCUUCCCGUCUGUGGCGAUCCGGAAAAGUCACACCAACAGCAUCAGCAACCUGCACUUCUCCCAGCACAGGAUCCGAGAGUCGUUCCGCGUCGCCUCGCUGACCUCGAAGGAGUACGACCUCCCCACCUAUGUGUACCUGAGGCUGGGCUACCGAGACGAGGCCCUGGCCUUCCUCACCAUGAAAGAUUUGAUCCACACGAUUGGGGAGAGUGCUGCUCUGGGAGCUGCAGGAUUCGUCAUCUGGGGGGACUUAAACCUGACCUCGUCCAGGCAUAACUGCACCAAGGUGAAAACCUUCCUGAGCCACCGCCUGGGUCAGUACAUCACCAACGUGACGCGGGCCGCUGAGGUCUGUAGUGACUACCUGUGCCAGAGUAAUGGCCGCUGCGUCCGCCGGGACCCCCUCGCCCACCAUUACCUCCACCUGAGUGCCGACAGCUACCACAUCCGGGCCUCCAGCGACGGGGACUUUGCCGUCACCGGGUGGCACUCGCAGCACGAGCUGCAGCUGCUGACCGAGAGGUUUCGCUGCCACUGCUACGAGGGCCACGAGGGCGAGCGCUGCGACAGCAUCAACAUAGUGAAGGAGGACGACGGGCCGCGGAGGGAUGAGGAUGAGGACGAGCAGAAGAAGCUGAGGAAGGCGUGGGAGGACGAGCAACGUGGGAGGGAAGGGAGAGAGGGGGAGAGCGAAGCGCCACUGAACAGCUCCAGCUUACACCUGAUGUUGCUGAUGCUCCUGUUGAACUUAUCGUUACUAAAGAUGGCCGUAUGACAAAAGGAGGGGUCAUUUUUCAACACUGCUGUGUACUUUUCAACACACAGACAGAAUGAUGUUUUUCAUUUAAGAUGGAGACAGACUGGCCUUCGGCUGGAUUUGAACCCAAAAUAUUACUGUUUCAGCUGAAGCACUACCAGCAGCCUGUUUCAAAGACUUACCAAAUGUUGUUUAUUAUCAGUGAAUCCAAACAUUUAAACUUAUAAUUUUGGCCCGUUUCCAGACCACUCCCAGAAUCACUUCCCAUAUCUCAGAUUUGUUCAGUGAUUGAAAUAGGUCUGCUGUUGUGCUCGUUAACGGUAUGUUUUCCUGGCUGGAUCAUAGAUAAAACAUGAAUGCAAAGUCAGAAUGAUUAAUGAAGAAAAAUAGGCUGCUGAACACUAAUACAGUCUGAAUGUCAGUCUUUGACACCAAAUAUCAUGUCUAGUUCCCAGAUCCCAAAGCAAUUCUUUUUAACUGCUAAUUUACUCCAACCAACAGUCCAACAAGACUCAAACGUUGAGGCGGCGCACAUGGUCGCCGCGAGCCGUCUGGUCGUUCAUACAAAUUGCGGUCAAGCAGUCAGAGCAGUGGUUAGACAGGCUCCAAGAACGGACUUCUUCUCUUCUGUAGCUAAUCAUUGCAGCGCGGUGUCCACGUUGUUACAAAAUCUUGGAGGUGCACAGUUCGGCGCUCAAAUCCUUCGCACAUAGUCGACCAGGCCGCAGUUGCUAAUAUAGCUACCCACACCGCCCCGACCGCGCUGACCGCAAGCAGCAUUAAAGCAUGAACCUCUUUGAGGUUGUACUUAGGAACAAUAGUGAUUUAAGCUAAAUGCUAUCGUCAGCAUGCUAACCUGCUCACAAUUGAACUUUUUGGAUCCCCAAAGUUUAAAAAAUGUAUCCUGAGGAGGGGAUUAAAAAUGUGUGUUGCAAUUUUCAUGGCAAUUUGCAUGGCAAUCUAUCUAACAGUCAUUGAAAGAUUCCAGUCAAAACCACAAAUGCUAACCUCACGGUGGCGCUACACAGAAAGACACCAGAGUCAGUAGGGGUUCAUUCUCUGGGAACAAUGAAUGUCUGUCCAAAAUUUCAUGGCAAUGCAAGUUUAAACACACUGAUCAACCACAUUAACGCCCAGCUGAGGUCGCUGCUGAGUGGAAGAGAACCAAUAGCUGCUGUGUUGAAAAGUAACAGUAGUAAAAGUAAAAAAGAUGACACCUUUUUAAGGAGUGUGAUGGCACUUUACAUGACAAGAGGUUUGGCACGUUGACAGAUAAAGGUUUGGUUGAUUGUAAUACAGUUCAACCAGGUGAACUAUGACCUCUGCAACAACCUGCACUGCCUCUUUUGCCAACAACUGCAUCCGUUCUUCCAGGAAUGUUAAUUCGUAAAAUGUAGAUACUGUUUGCUGGAGAUGGAGAAGAUCAUCCAGCGUCGCUACCGAGGAUGGGAUCAGAGGAAUCAUGUUUUUUACUUUUAAAAGCGUUGUGGUCCAGAUGGAUUACAGUCGCUAAAGGGUGAUGAUCCUCUGGCUUGUUUUGUGGAGACACAACAGAAAAGCCUUUCAAUGUAAACCAAAGGGUGCUACCACUUCCAUCACACAGCCAUGUAGGAAAAUAAUCACUAACAUUUGACGCUUGGUCUGUAGUGUUUUUAAAGACAUUUUUCCGAUGGCACGCAACUUGUUUUUUUCUCAACAAUAAGCUGUUAUUUCACUUGACGUUAUAUAGGGAGUGUGUAUUUUUCUGUACUGUUGCUUAGAUUAUACUUUUGAAGUACAGCUUGUCAGAAAACACCACAUAUUUUGUUGGGACACAGCGUGCACACGUUGGUGCUAUAGAUUUAAAAAUAUGAUGUAUCGGUUUCCUUUUUCUAUAGAUAUAAGUAAAAGUAUAGAGGAUCAGGUUUGUUUUUCAGUGACUAUGUAGAGGUUAAUGUUUAGCGCUGCAAAGAUUAAUCAAUUAAUCGAUUAGUUGUCAACUAUUAAAUUAAUUGCCAACUAUUUUCUAUUCCUCAACUAUCUAA